CUUUCAAAAAAAUUCUCUCAUGGAAUUCAUCACUAAUAAUAAUUUAGUUAUCCUAUUUACAUUAUUACUAUUCUCAAUUCAAAAUGUCAACGCUGAAGUUGUAUUUAAUCUCCGAUCAUUCCUUGUAAGCAUCUGGAAGAGCUUUUGUUUACAUUACGCGGACACUCUCCGUUUUUUUCUGAGGGGUCUACCUAAAUCUCUCGGAGGCGACAGGCAGUCAAUGAAAUAAAUUAAUUGCACUAAUAAAAUACCUGAU